AGCCCCGCCCCCCUGCACUUCUCUUCCUGUAAACAAAGCAGCAGCAGCUGUGGAGCUCUUCUGACACUUUCCUGUGUUUUCGCCGUAUUUUCGACCUGCUCGGUGUUUUGGACGAUGGCUCAGGCCGGCGUGGUUCUGGACAGGGACCAGUUUAACUGCUCCAUCUGCCUGGACGUGCUGAGGGACCCGGUGACCAUCCCGUGCGGACACAGUUACUGCUCGGUGUGUAUCCAGAACUACUGGGACCAGGACGACUACCUCGGAGCGUUCGUCUGCCCGCAGUGUCGCCAGAACUUCAACCCGAGGCCACUGCUGUCCAGGAACACCAUGCUAGCCGACGUGGUGGAGAAGUUUAAAAAGACGGGACUCCAGGAGGCCGCAGCGCCUCCCAACCAAAGUUUCGCCGAAGCCGACGACGUAGAGUGCGACGUGUGCACCGGGAGGAAGAACAAGGCUGUCCGCUCCUGUCUGGUGUGUCUGGCCUCCUACUGCGACCUCCACCUCCAGCCUCACUACGACUCCGCCGCCUUCAAGAAGCACAAGCUGGUGGCGGCCUCCAAGCGGCUCCAGGAUAACAUCUGCCCCCGACACGACAAGCUGCUGGAGGUCUACUGCCGCACCGACAGACGCUGCAUCUGCUACCUGUGUCUGACAGACGAACACAAGGGCCACGACACGGUGCUGGCGGAGGAAGAAAUCCAGCAGAAACAGAAGCAGCUCAAAGACAUGAAGCAGAGUUCCCAGCUGAGGAUUCAACAACGAGAAAAGGAGGCGCAGGAGCUGAGACAAGGCAUUUUCUCUCUCAUCCGUUCGGCUCGAGCAGCAGCUGAGGAGAGCGACGCCGUCUUUACUGAACUGAUUCGGUCGAUAGAGCUGAAGCGUUUUGAGGUGAGAGAGCUGAUCAAAGCCCAAGAGAAGACGGCCGUCGGUGAGGCUGAGAAGCUGCUGGAUAAGAUCCAGAAGGAGAUCACUGAGCUGAAGAAGAACGAGGCUGAACUAGACAAACUUUCCAACAGCGAUGACCCCGUGCAUUUCCUUCAGACCUGUCAGUCUCUCCAUGCUCCAGCCGUGCUGUCGGCUUCACCUUCAGUCACGGCUGACCCCAACCUCACCUUCGGCCCGGUGAUGACAGCAGUGUCAGAUUUUAAGGGACUGCUUCAGGAGGUCUGUCAGGGAGGAUUUGUCAGCAUUUAUGAAAGAGUGAGAGACGUAGUAAUUGUAAGUCCUCAGAGUCCUGUGGUUCAGCUCAACACAACACACUCUGGAGACUCUGGGUCGGCCCAACAAAUGGAAGCACAAAUACUAAUCCCUCCUCUUGGUCUGGACCAAAAUCCUGUGAGCCCCCUCAACCCGUUCCUCCCUCCAGGACCUGCUGUGCCCACGUUUGCCUUCUCACCAUUUGGCUCUAAACUCUCCACAGGAUCCAGACAGAGGCAUCUUCAGCGACGUGCUCACCCCAGGAGGAAAUAGACUUCUGGUGGACAUCUAACUCCACAUUUCUCAUGCGCCUACACAGGCUGAAUGUCAUUACACUUGAGUGGUCUGUAUUCACAAAUCCACACUGCCACUCAUGGGUGGACAUUUAAAAUAAUUCAUCUUCUGCUACUUGAAUCUUGUGUUACAGUGCAGGCAGGAAAACACAAGCAAAGACACAGACAAUGCAUUUACUUUACGUUUUAAGUAUUAUUAAGUAUUAGGCAGCAGGACUGACUCACCACAUCUUACUUCAGUAAGUGUAGGUAUAUUACUCUGUAAUUUAGUUAAGUUUUAGUUUUUAUGAAAAUAUGAUUUUAUACGUUUUUUUUUCAUUUUUAACCCAAACUCUGUCAACAAUCAUUUUGCUUCAAAGACAGACUGUAAUGUGUGAAAUGCUGACAUUAAAAAGCAAAAUGACUGGA